AUGGACCAUCCCUCCACACCACCGGGAGAGAUAAGUUUCCCACAAACGCCGGCGACGCCGCGGUUUGGAGCGUUCGAGGACCAUGAGCAUCCCACCAAGCGGCACAUGCAGACGCCAGUCCGCCCCAAAGCCGCGUCGCGCCAGACCAAACACCUGCUCAUGACGCCCGGCACAACCCCGCGCAGAAGAGUGCUGUUCCCGCCCGCAACACCAGUUAGGGGUUCUGGCAGACAGGGAAGAAAACACACGGCUACGAAGCUGUUUGCGGCGCCAGCAACGCGUCAGGAUUCGAAUCCGGCAGUCUACACAACGGUCGCUCCCGACCAAAAGCAAAAGGAGAUGCCUCCAAAUGGCAUGUGGUACGUAUUUCGAGGGAAAAAGGUGUUUAGGCCCUUUGCUGCCGAUGAGGACGAGCGUCCUACGCCAACAGUGCUGUUUCCCAAAGCUACCGCUACUAAAUCAACCACUCCAGACUCCGAAGAGGACACCGACCUGGAAUGGGACUGA